AUGCGAGGUUUCAACAAAACCACAGUGGUCACACAAUUCAUCCUGGUGGGCUUCUCCAGCCUGGGGGAGCUCCAGCUCCUGCUUUUUGUCAUCUUUUUCUUCCUGUACUUGACAAUUUUGGUGGCCAACGUGACCAUCAUGGCUCUGAUUCGCCUCACCCGGACUCUACACACUCCCAUGUAUGGUUUUCUAUUCAUCCUUUCAUUUUCUGAGUCCUGCUACACCUUUGUCAUCAUCCCUCAGCUGCUGGUCCACCUGCUCUCAGACUCCAAGACUAUCUCCUUCGUGGCCUGUGCCACCCAGCUUUUCUUCUUCCUUGGCUUUGCCUGCACCAACUGCUUUCUCAUCGCUGUGAUGGGAUACGAUCGCUAUGUAGCGAUUUGUCACCCACUGAGGUACACACUCAUCAUGAACAAAAGGUUAGGGCUGGGAUUGGUUUCACUAUCAGGAGUCACAGGUUUCUUUAUUGCUCUGGUAGCCACCAACCUCAUCUGUGACAUGCCUUUCUGCGGCCCCAACAGGGUCAACCACUAUUUCUGUGACAUGGCCCCUGUUAUCAAGUUAGCCUGCACUGACACCCACGUGAAAGAGCUGGCUCUAUUCAGCCUUAGCAUCCUGGUAAUCAUGGUGCCUUUUCUCCUAAUUCUCAUAUCCUAUGGCUUCAUCGUUAACACCAUCCUGAAGAUCCCCUCAGCUGAGGGCAAGAGGAAGGCGUUCGCCACCUGUGCCUCACACCUCACUGUGGUCUUUGUCCACUACGGCUGUGCCUCCAUCAUCUACCUUCGGCCCAAGUCCAAGUCAGCCUCAGACAAGGAUCAGUUGGUGGCAGUGACCUACACAGUGGUUACUCCCCUCCUUAAUCCCCUUGUCUACAGUCUGAGGAACCAGGAAGUGAAGACUGCACUAAAAAGAGUUCUGAGAAUGCCUGUGGCAACUAAGAUGAGUUAA